AUGUUGAAGCCUCCGCCGCAUUCUGCUCAACCAACGCCAAAGAAAACCCAGAAGAAGGUGAAGAUCAGGACGGUUAGUGAAGGUCCGGUAGAGAAGCGAAGAAUUGAUAGGAAUGAUCCUGAAUACCUCAAAGAGCUGCGUCGACCCGCUGUGAUUAAGGUUGGUUUAUAUGUUCAAAAUUAUAUCAAUAAUAGGUUUUUUUUAAUUCAGGCUUAGUGGUCUGAAGCUUAGUAGGCUUAGGCUUAGUAGGUUUAGGCUUAGUAGGCUUGGGCUUAGUAAGCAUAGGCUUUGUUCGCUUACAGUUAGUGGGCUGAGGCUUAGUAGGCUUAGGCUUAGUAGCCUUAGGCUUAGUAGGCUUAGGCUUAGUAGGCUUAAGCUUAGUAGGCUUAGGCUUAGUAGCCUUAGGCUUAGUAGGCUUAGGCUUAGUAGGCUUAAGCUUAGUAGGCUUAGGCUUAGUAAGCAUAGGCUUUGUCUUAUAAAGAUAAGCUUUACGCUGAGACUUAAAAUGCUCAGUUUUAGGCUUAGUAUUAGCAGGCUUAGACUAUCAAACUUAGACUUGCUUGGUAGGCUUAUGCUUUGUAAACUUAGACCUAUCUCAGCAAAUUUAGGUUUAGUAAGAUUAUGAUGAAUAGGCUUAGUUUUAGCAGGUUUAAGCUUAAUAGGCUUUAAUUCUUAUGAUACUAUGGUGAGCGGUAUUUGCGUUUAUUUGGCUUUUUAAACCUAUUAUUAUCAUGUAAUGGACUUAUGACUUUUUUAAUCUAAACGCAAGCUCGUUGUUCAGCUUGUAAUCAGGCCAAAAAUGAAGCGAAAGAUAAUAAAAAGGCAAAAAUCGAAAAAAUAUUGUUUAUAAAACAAAAAAGCCGGCUUUUUUCAGUGCGAUCUGAGCGAGAUGGACAGACGAAAGAGAGUGCGCCAAGUGUUGGAACACAAGGAUUUCUGCACUCAUCUCGAAACGCUGAUCCAAAAAGACUCCGAAUCGGUCGAUUGGAAUUCGAAUCGGCCACUUUCACGUUCCCGGACCCUGCCCACCAUGAUGGCUUUGACGGGUCUUCAGAAGCUGAGUAAGUGAAUCGGACAUUCAAGUUAAUUACUUUGGGUUUGGUGGAAGGGCUGCGGUUGGGAGAGGGUUUAAGGUAUUGGAAAGGGGGUUUUUGGGUUUGUUUUUUUAAGAUUUGGGGCGGGGGGAGGGGGUUGCGACAUUAGUAAGAUGACAAAAAAAGAUGCUUAAGCUUGGGAGGGGUAAAAAUAAAAACAUUUUUUCUUGAGCAUGGUUCAAGCAAAGUAACUCUUUGAGAGUAUGGUGACUUUCUUCAUGUUGUAGCAUGGUAUGGUAAGGUAGAGUUAGACAUGAGGAAUGGACCUAAAAUUCAGGCCCGGCACGAUCAAAAUUUUGCUCAGGUUCGACCGAAAUUUGGGUCAGGCCCGGCCCGUUCCUCAUGUCUAGGUAGAAUAGGCCAGGAUAGGACAAAGGCGUACCAAAACUAAGGUAAGGGUAGAAAACAAGGUAGGGUAUGGGUACAGUGAGAGUUAGCCAAAGGUAGGGUAGAGUGAGGUUUGGUGGGGUAGGAUAGGGUAGGGUAGGGUAGGGUAGGGUAGGGUAGGGUAGGGUAGGGUAGGGUAGGGUAGGGUAGGGUAGGGUAGGGUAGGGUAGGGUAGGGUAGGGUAGGGUAGGGUAAGGUAGGGUAGGGUGGGGUAGGGUAGAGUAUGGUAGGGUUUUAAAAUUGUGCUACUGAUCUUUUCUAAUUUUAGGUUUUUUGACCAGUCGUUGUAAGAUUGCAGACAUGGCAAACAACGAUAAAUACACAAUAAAGGAGAGGGUCUUGAGGAAUAAACUAGCAACUUUGUAUCGACUGGUAGAUUUGUUUCAAUGGUCUCAGGGAAUCUACAAUCAUAUCACUGUAAGUUAACUUCGUCCUAGCUUUAACUAUAGCUAAGAGCGUUAGCCCGGAGCUUUAGCCCAGAGCCCUAGCUUAGAGCCCUAGUCUAGAAGCCUAGCUCAGAGCUCUAGCCCAGAGCUUUAGCCUACUGCCCACAGUCCUAACCCGCUCUAGUCUAGAGCUCUAAUUUAAGGUUUUUUUAGCUACGCCUACCAGAAUCAGAUGACAAAAAAGAGCCAGAGUUUUUAAUAAACCCAUUUGGAUUACUGUAUCAUGAGAUUACUGCCGGUGCUUUGAUCAAAAUCGACAUUGAUGGUAAUAUAUUGGACAACGGGUCUACCGAGCUUGGGGUUAACAAGGUAUUUCAUUUUUACUGUGGUUUUUCCGGAUAUCUACUCAUCUGUUUACCCUAAUUUAAUAUACUAUAUUUUUCUAAGUACCGUACUCAAAGCCAUACUGUAUAUACUAUGGUACCUUAAUUUGAUGUACUAUACGUUUCUUAGCACCAUGCUUAAUAGUAUCUUACUCUUUAGUACUAUAUUAUUCAUAGUAUUAUACUUCAAACUAUUAUGUAAAUACCACAGUACCUUGCCUACAAAAUGAUCUCAUACUAAACUUACAGUACUCUUUUUACAGGCCGGUUACGUACUACACUCAGCGAUUCACAAAGCCCGACCAGAUGUAAAGUGUGUUUUACAUCUACAUACGGCUGUUGUAGCAGCCGUUUCAUCGAUGAAAUGUGGAUUAUUACCAAUUUGUCAAGAAGCAAUGAUCAUCGGACCAGUAGCAUAUCACGACUAUCAAGGCAUCGUUAGUGAAGAGAGCAUGAGAGAGCAGAUUAUCAAGGAUUUGGGGGUUAAAAAUGUAGGUUUUGUUGAAGUAAAGGGGUUCAUUGCCUUAGGUUUUGAAAUUUUUAUAAAAUUUUUUAAUUUUUUUAUAAAUAUAAUGUUUGUUUUAAUGAUAAAAGGUAAUGUUACUUUACUUUAGGUACUCUUUUUUAUAACAAAUUGUAACGACAUCUUAUUUUAGGUACUCCUACUACGAAAUCACGGCUUUGUAGCAUGUGGAGAGUCGGUGGAAGACGCUUUACAUUUGGCUUUUCAUACUAUUAUUGCUUGCGAAACUCAGGUAUGAAGUUAUAAAUUGUGUUUAGGUCAAGGGUAGGGCAAAGGUAGGACAUGCGUAGGGUAGGGUAGGGCAAUGAUGUUCCAAAAGGCAUGGGUUGGAUUAGGUUAAGACAAGGGUAACGCAAAGGUAGAAAAAGAGUAAGGCAAGAGUAGAGAAAAGGUAAGGUGUUAGGGCAAAGACAUGCCUAAAGGCGUGGGUAGUGCUGUGGUAGGGAAAAGGUAGAGCAGUGGUAUGGCAACAAUAAGCAAGGGUAUUGAAAGAGUAAGGUUAGGGUAGAGCAAGUGUAGGGCAACGGAAAAGUAUAUGUAGGGCAAAGGCACGCCAAAAAGUAUAGGUAGGGUAAAGAUGGUGAAAAGAUAGGGUAAGGAUUUAGCGAGAAUUAGGCAAAGGUAUGGCAAGAGUAGAGUCAAUGUAGAACAAGAAUUGGAUUUAGGCCGGGCUACGCAAAGUUAAGGAGUGGUGGCAAAAGUAGGGCCAAGCUAGGGUAGAGUAAGGUAGGGUACGGUACGUACGUUACAGUUUUGUGUUUACUGCUAAAUUUUCAAACUUUUCAGAUCAGAGCAGCCCGAGUAGGAAUAGAAAACCUGGUAGUACCUUCAGAAGAAGCAGUGACAGCUGCUUAUAAAACAGCGCGGUGUGGUGGUGGAGGAGUAAAUAAGACUGGAGAUGGAAAGGGUGGCUCACAAUAUCGAAUUGGAGAAUUGGAAUGGGAGGCCUGGAUGAGGGUGUUAGAUGGCGCGGUAGGGAUGAUUUUCAAUUUUUAAAAAAUUUUUGAAAUUUAAAAUUUUUUUUCAUUUAAGUUUUAAAAAUUUUAAAUUUUGAAAUUUAAAAAAUUUUAAAUUCCAGGGAUACCAAACAGGCCACGUCUACCGAAAGCCUUCACUUAAAGCCAGGUUACCUACCUUAUCAUCAGGCGUUUCCAAUUUGUCAGAGAUCUCGCUUCCACCUUCACUUUCAUCUCAUGGCUUGGCUGACGAAGCUCAUUACUUUUUGACUCAAGCUCAGAGGAAUAAAGUACGAUGGCUCAACUCUCCGAAUAAUUAUCAGAAAGUGGAGUUUAAAGAGGUUGGCAGGGAGAAUCCGAAGACUAUCACAAAGGUAGGAUUGCUUAAAAUUGAAGGUUUAAUGAAAGAGCGGGUUAAAAGGGUUGAGGUAUAAUGUUUAUAUAGGUUGUGGUAGGGGUAAGUUAUGAAAUGUAUUUUUAUAAUUACAGGUAAAAGAAAUGGUAUUUUCAAGGGCAUGGGUGGAGAUAAAAGUAAGGGUAAGAGUAUUCUAUAAGGUAGGGGUAUUUCUUUAGUAUAUUUUUUUAAAAUAGUAAGGUGUUUUUGGCUAGGGUUUUAGGCUAUUGCUAGGGCUAGGGCUAGGACUAGGGAUAGAAUAUGGGCUAAGGCUCUGGACUAGGACUAGAUCUAGGGCCAGAACUAGAAGGUAGGGCUAGGGCUGCGAGUAGGAUCCUAGGUUAGAGCUCGGGUAGCGCUUGGCUAAAGUUGUGGGCUCUAUGCUACACAUAGGGAACGGGCCCGGCCUGAAAAAAAUUUAGGAUGAGCCGAGCCUGAAAAUCAAGGCCGAUCCGAAAAGCAUAGCACGUUUGCGCGUAAAACAAUUUGGUUCGGGCCUAACACUCAGGCCCCGCCAGUUUCUUAUGUCUGUUCUGGGCUAGGGCUCUGGGCUAGGGCUCUGGACUAAGGAUCUGGGCUAGGUUUUUGGGUUAGGACUCUGUGCUAGGAGACUUGGCUAAAGCUGGAUCUAAAGCUAGGACUAAGGCUUGAGUUCUGGGCUAGGGCUCUCUCGACUAGGGCUCUGGACUAGGGUUUUGCGCUAGGGCUAGGGAUCUGACUCUUUCAAUUGUUAGGAAUAGGGCUGUGGCUGUUAAAACACAUGUAUUUUACAAAAAAAAACUAAUUUUUUUUACCAUUUUUAGUGGGUAACAGAAAAAUCAGUAUCAGCUGGUGGUACACCGGUUAAGAUCUCUUCAGCCCAUCAAUUCAGUCCAAUCAUUAUCAACGGUGAUGCUACAGAAAUGCGGCGUCAUCGUGACGAAAUCCGUGAGAAUCAGGUCAAACGUGACAAUAGUCCAGGCCCUAUAUCUCAUGUUUUUGAUGGUGUAAUGGUUCAAGAGUUGCCUUCCGGUACCUAUGGUACUCGGCUAGAUAAUACUGGCGCUUAUGGUACUACUCGGCUAAAUGCUGGCCCAUAUGGUGCAGCUCAUGACCGUACUGGCCCCUGCGGUACUCAGUUUGAGCAUUUCCAAACAAUUUCAACCGCCUCAAAAGGCAUCAUUGAUAGAGAGUACCAACACGAUGCCAGAGUGUACCAACAUUUGUACGCCCCAAAUCCAUUCAGCAACCUAAGUGAUCAAGAUUUGAAGGCUUACCUAGAUGAAGUUGAGCUAAAAACCAGACCAGUUAGUGCUAUGGAGCCACGCCAAGUAGAGAUUGUCAGGGAGGAUUCUGGAGAGGAUUCACCGAUUGAGCGGAGCAAAAGCUUCGAUUUUGGUAGGUAAAAUACGAUUUGGGUGAUUUGAUGAAAAUUUGGAAAUUUUUUGGAAUUUGGAUUUUUUUUUGAAAUUUAAAAAAAUUUUUUUUUAAUUUUAAUUUUUGAAAUUUCGAAAUUUUUUGAAAUUAUAAUUUUUUUUAAACAUUAAACAUUUUUUAAUGUUUAAAAAUUUUUCUGAAUUAUAAAUUUUUUUUCAAUUUUUAAAAUUUUUUUUGGAAAUUUUUUAAAAGUUUUUCUAAAUUUAAAUUUUUUUUUUCAAUUUUUAAGAAUUUUUUUUGAAAUCUCGAAAUUCCAAAAUUUUUUGUAGACACGGCAUCUUUAAUGCAAGCUUGCCGGCAUCUUAACAACCGAUACAUACCUAAAAUAACCCUAACGGAUGCAGUGAAUAAUAAUAACGGUGCGCUUUUGUGGUCGUAUCCUGUAACACUGUUGUUGCUGUAAUGCUGUUGUGGCUUUUUUGAUUUUUUUUGUAAAAUACGUUUAAUUCAUUCAUUGUUUUACAUACGUUGGAUAUUAUGUAAAACACGAUAUUGGCAUUGUUUUACAUAUUGAAUUGUAAUUAAUUAUUUUUUAGAACACGUGUAUGCCAUAGCUUCUGGAGAUCAAGAGGUAGGUCAUUAUUCUUUAUUUUGUAUAUCACUCUACCCAGGGCCGGGCACAGACUUUUGCACUAGGGGGCGGGGGUUCAAAAAGCCUACCCUACCCUACCCCACCAAACCUCACUCUACCCUACCCUUGGCUAACUCUCACUGUACCCAUACCCUACCUUGUUUUUUACCCUUACCUUACUUUUGGUACGCCUUUGUCCUAUCCUGGCCUAUUCUACCUAGACAUGAGGAACGGGCCGGGCCUGACCCAAAUUUUUUUCCGAAAAUCCACAGAGGGGACCACGUUCAACUUUUUUUCAAAAAUUUUUUUUUCGGGGGGGGUACAGGUACUCCCCUACCCCCCUCGCGCCCGGCCCUGACUCUACCCUACUUUAUCCUGCCCUCUCUUACCAUACGGUACUCUACCCUACCUUUCCAUGUAAAGUUUUGCUAAACCUAUGAAUAAGACUUUUUCAGGCCAAAACCGAGAAGAAGAAACGAUCACUUCGAAACCUGUUUCAUAUUGGUCGAAAAAAGAAAUCCAACAAAUAA